ACGCUCACAGGAAGAGACACACAGACAGACAGACAGACAAGAUGGACGUGAAGCUGCUGUUUCUGACUGUUGUUCUUCUCUCCUCAACGCUCCUCACACUAUGUGACCCACUAUUUGUUCUGUCAGCUCCUAAUUUGCUGAGGGUGGAUUCCUCAGAGAACGUGUUUGUGGAGGCUCAGGAUUACUCUGGAGGAGACCUGGAUGUGAAGAUCAUAGUAAAGAACUACCCGAAAAAAGACACGGAGAUACUGUCUAAAUCAGUGACACUGACUGCAGAAAAUAAUUUCCAGAUUCUUACAGAUAUAAAG